AUGGACGUGAUGGCGAAAGACAACGGCCGUGUCGAGUACGGGAUGAACGGACCCGAGCUGCCCAGUACUCGGUGCCAAAACCAGGACGAGGACGUCAGAUAUUCUGCUCACCGCUGCUUUGCCGCCGUCGUGCAGUGUGCCUCUGCUGCCCCAACCAUCCAUCCCAUGCCGUCUCCUACGAGCCAGCCCAUCCUCGUUGCCUUCGCGCGUGCUCGAGGACCCCAUACCUCGCUCCCCACCAUCUCAUGUGCCAGGAGUGCCGCUCACUCAGCACGCUCAAGGGAACCCCUCAGUGGGCAAAGAGAGUCUUGUGCAGUAGCGUGCUAG